AUGCCAGCCCAACAGAAGAAAGUCAUAUUUUGCAUAGCUGGGGUGUUAAGCUUUGCUUGUGCUCUAGGCAUUGCAGCAGCUAUCGGAACUCAGUUAUGGAUUAAAGGAAAAAUACUGUGCAAAACUGGAGCUCUGCUUGUCAACGCUACAGGACCAGAACUGGAGAAGUUUAUUGGUGAAAUUCGGUAUGGGCUUUUCUAUGGGGAGCGUGUUAGACAAUGUGGGCUAGGAGGGAGACCUUUUCGAUUUUCAUUUUUUCCAGAUUUGCUCAAAAUUAUCCCUGCAAGUAUCCAUGUAAGUGUCAUUCUCUUCUGUACAGUACUGAUAGUCUUUGCUCUGGUGGGAACAGGUUUCUUCAUGUACAAUGCAUUUGGCAAUCCCUAUGAAACUCUGCAUGGUCCAGUAGGGUUAUAUCUUUGGAGCUUCAUUUCAUAUUUAUUGUUGGGAAAUUCUUGGAGCAGUGAUGUUUCUUGUUCUAUUUCAGGUUCUUGCAGUUGUCUCAUCAUGAUACUAUUUUCUUCAGAAGUGAAAAUUCACCACCUCUCUGAGAAAAUUGCAAAUUACAAAGAGGGAAGUUUCAUCUUUAAAACUCACGAUGAACAAUUUCAGGAUUCAUUCUGGAUCAUCCUGGUUUGCUCCUUAGUGCACUUUCUGAAUGUUUUGCUAAUACGGCUUGCUGGAUUUGAAUUUCCUUUUUCAAAAUCUAAAGAGUCAGAGACAACAACAACUACUGGAGCAGUUGAUCUCAUGUACUAG